GUAGCUUGUUUGUAUGGCAAAUGAAUUUGUCGGAUUCACUCUCUCUCUUAUUCCAAAUUCCAAAGGUUGUUAUCCCUUAUUUUUAUUAUGUAACAUGUUGAGCAUCAUGAACACUAUCCCUAUAAACCCACCUUCUUGUUCUGCAUACCCUCCUAACUCUGCUAGAUUUCAACAUUUUCGAUCGUUCGGAGCAAAACCCAUUAUUCUUUCUUGCAGAGGAGCACGAUUGUGCUCUUUUCCGGGGUCAAAAACUGUCAAGGGUAGAAAAAGAUUGGUGCUUCAUGUCACAAACGCGGCCAUGGCAGAGGUUCACUCUCAAUCUCAUCAUGAAGAGGAAGAGAAGGAAGAGGUUCCUUCUUCUUCUUCUUCUUCUUCUUCUUCUUCUUCUUCUGCUUUUCUUGACUCAAGUACUGAGAACAAUUCAAGGCCUCGUCGAAUUGCUCUAUUUGUUGAACCCUCUCCUUUUGCAUAUGUCUCAGGAUACAAAAAUCGGUUUCAGAAUUUUAUUAAAUGCCUUCGUGAAAUGGGAGACGAGGUGAUGGUUGUGACAACACAUAAAGGAGUGCCCCAGGAGUUUUAUGGAGCCAAAUUAAUCGGAUCUUGGAGCUUUCCUUGCCCUUUGUAUCAGAAAGUACCCCUCUCCUUGGCACUUAGUCCAAGAAUAAUUUCAGAGGUAGCUCGGUUUAAGCCAGACAUAAUACAUGCAUCAUCUCCAGGCAUUAUGGUUUUUGGUGCUCUUAUCAUUGCAAAACUUCUGUGUGUUCCUAUUGUCAUGUCGUAUCAUACUCACGUCCCCGUAUACAUUCCAAGAUAUACAUUUAGUUGGCUGGUGAAACCCAUGUGGUUGAUCAUAAAAUUUCUUCAUAGAGCAGCUGAUCUGACUCUGGUGCCAUCUGUUGCAAUUGGGAGGGAUCUUCAAGCAGCUAAAGUAACAGCAGCUAACAAAAUCCGUCUCUGGAGCAAGGGUGUUGAUUCUGAAAGUUUCCAUCCUCGAUACCGCUCACAUGAAAUGCGAUUAAGACUAAGCAAUGGUGAACCCGAGAAACCCUUGAUAGUUCAUGUUGGACGGCUUGGAGUUGAGAAGAGUUUAGAUUUUCUCAAAAGGGUCAUGGAUAGGCUUCCUGAAGCGCGAAUUGCUUUCGUUGGAGAUGGACCCUACAGGGAGGAGCUGGAGAAAAUGUUUGAAGGCAUGCCUGCAGUAUUCACUGGAAUGUUAGGAGGGGAAGAACUCUCUCAAGCAUAUGCCAGUGGAGAUGUAUUUGUCAUGCCUUCAGAGUCAGAGACACUUGGAUUUGUUGUUUUGGAGGCCAUGUCUUCAGGGCUAGCCGUUGUGGCAGCGCGUGCCGGAGGCAUUCCAGACAUAAUUCCGGCUGAUCAAGAGGGCAAAACUGGUUAUCUUUAUCAUCCUGGAGAUCUCGAAGACUUCUUGAGUAAAUUGAAACCCCUUUUGCUCAGCCAAGAGCUGAGACAAACUAUGGGAAAAGCUGCUCGUGACGAGAUGGAGAAGUUUGAUUGGAAGGCAGCCACCCGAAAAGUUCGCAAUGAACAAUACAAUGCCGCCAUUUGGUUCUGGCGCAAGAGAAGGGCUCAACUGUCAAGACCCUUACAAUGGCUGGGUAAACGUUUUUCCACAUCACCCCAAGUCAAUUAAAUGUCUGGUUGGUUGAGUGUGAUGCAUUCUUUUUCUGAAUAGAAUGAAACAUACAAUAUGGUGAGUUGCAUCAUCAUGUGCAGCAUACUCCUUAACGAAUCUUCCUUUUAAAAUUAUGGUGUUCACUGUUAAGGACAGUGUCACAAGCUACAUGGUGCUGCAAAGUGCUAACGGAUUGAUAGCAAAUGCAAAGAUUGGCCCAGGUUAUUGAAUGCUACUUGCCCUGGGCCAAGUUACUCCAAAUUAGGACAAAUUGCUGUCAAAUUACUUGGGGAUUUUGGGGUUUAAAGGUAAAGGUUUUUUUAUUUUUUUAUUUUUUUUAUUACCACAAUCUGAAUUGAAGAGUUUGUACCAAAUCAUAAACCCAGGUGGCUUAGUUUAGUCGAUUUUGCCUGAAGCCACUUUGAUUUUGCUCAUGUAAGGGGUGUAGCUUAAUCUAAAGGCUUAAUUGCA